CCAACCGAACGCAGCGCGGCGCGCAGUCGGUUCUCAGUAGACGAAGGCAGCGGACGCGCGCCUGCCAUCCCGUUCCGGCCCUCGCCCCGCGACAAAGUGUUAGUAGUGUCGUGAAACAAGCCAGCAGUUAGUGACCAGUGCGCCUGCCCUUGGAUUACUCCAGCAUAUGAAAUGAGUGUUCGUGUGUCAAAUCCCUUUUCAUUGACUGAAAUGCGGCGUCUUCGUGAGGCGGUUGUGGCCCGCCCUUACCGGCCGGACCCCGAGGCCCGCGCUCGGAUUUGCCGUAACUUGUGGGGCAAGUCCUCCGCGGACGACAGUAGGGCCUUCGCCGCAAAGGAGUUGGCGGAGCACCGGGAGCGGGAUGCGGAGCGGUGGGGCUUCGACUUCGCCCGGGAGGUGCCUCUUCGCUACGGCCCCGGCGCGGGCCGCUACAAUUGGAGCAAGGUCCUCACCGGCACCGUCUCGGCGGCCUACAAGAUGCCCCGGUUGGAGCCUCUGGAGCCCCGGAUGGACCGGAGGCUGGAGACCGCCCGCGCCACCGUCCCAUGUCGCGACGUCCACCGGUGCCCCGAGCCUCAGCAGCCCGAGGCAAGCGUGACGGCCGAGGCCGCCACGCCCCCGGUGCCCGCCAAGAUCUUCCCAGCGACGCUGGCGGCGCAGGACCUCAACAGUCCACCCGCCUCCACCACCAGCUCGGCGGCGGCCAGCCCCGCGGCGCCGGUCCGGCAAACUUCCAUGACAGAAUUCCUUCAAGUCAGGAAGCGGUCAAGAUCCGACGUGAAGCACGAAGAGAAUCCUGCCAAGAGGAGAAAAAGCAAUUCUCAGGCUAGUCAUUAGAGUGGUCGAGAUUGAUUCUAUUAGGUUGUAACCCCCUCACGUGGGCCUUUUUAUGUGUUUCAAAUCAAUGUUUUAACUUUGUGAAAUUUUAAAUUGUUAUUUUCUUUUUGUUCUGCGUUUCUCGAAAUCAUGUGGAAUUAUAUUUAAGAGACCGCAUUUUAUCAAUUCUGCUAUACUAAAAAAAUCAACUGUGCGUUUUUGGGAACGCAGCUUGUCUUGUCCUGUCAAUCAUGUCGUCCAGCUAGAGAUAACGGGUUUGGCCCUUCCCCUAGACGGCCUCGCUGCGUCUCGCUUCGGCCGCCUCGGGGGACUUGGCCACGCCGAUGCCUUGCCGCGGCCCUGCCCUCCCUCUGGCCGGCCUUCCUGGGCCUCGUCGCCAAGGCCGCCCCGAAGGACUGGCAGGCGCCGCUGGUCGCGCUAUGCCAAAGGAUGCUUGAUUAUUUCCUGAUACUCCAUGAUUGGAUUUCGCUUGUUUCUUUUAUUAUUUUUAACAUGUUACUUAAGAUAUUUAUAUAAUUAAUUAUCAUAACACUGCUGUGAUGUAUUUUAAUGAUUGAUUGUACUGAUCUCAGCCCCAUUAUCUUUGUGUACAACGAAAACACUCGCAAAAAGGCAGGGGUGUGAUUUAAGAAGAGACUGUAUCUCUAAAGCCUUUUUAAACUUGUUUUCGUGUUUUUAAGUAUAGGAUUUUAUUGUAUAUCAUUGUUGGGAAAAAUAAACUAAUUACAUUUUA